UCUUGAUUUUUUUUUUUUUUGCUACAACAUGGAAAUAAAAUAAUUGAAUCUUUAUGAAUAAAAUAAUUUAAGACGGCAGUAUUUAACGUUAAUUGCGCUAUUUGACAUUGACAUCAACUUACAUGACAUAACAGUUCAAAAGUCAAACAAAACAAAACCGACUGAACCCGAGCCAAAAGCCAGCCACUAGCAAGCAUAAUUUUCUUGUGUUAUGGGCGGGUUAUUAACAACCUAGAUUUAGUUAUUAUUAUAUGAGGUUUCCCUAUUUACCAUCGUUAAUCAGAACGGUUAAUAUGGCUUCUGCACCGAAAAAGAUCAAGCUCAGUCAGACAAAGUUAACUUCCAAAUCCGCCUCAGAGAACAAAGAAAGCAAUUCAAAUGUGGAAGAGUUUAUGAAGAAGUUACAAGACAAACGCGAGGAUACCGCCAAAUCAAUUUUAGAAUAUAAGUUCAACAAAAAACGCGUUAGAAUCAUAUCUCUGGAGCAGAUGGUACCUGAUAAGUGCGAGGGGGUCGUGUACUGGAUGUCCCGAGAUAGUCGCGUUCAGGACAACUGGGCCUUCUUAUUCGCUCAGAAACUCGCGUUGAAAAACGAAGUACCGUUGCACGUGUGUUUUUGUUUGAUUGCCAAAUAUUUAGAUGCCUCUGUUAGGCAGUUUGAUUUCCUAGUUAAAGGUCUAGAGAAAGUGGCAGCAGACUGCAAGAAGCUCAACAUAUCAUUCCACUUACUGGAGGGAAGUGGUGCUGAAGUGCUACCUCAAUGGGUGGUCAAACAUAACAUAGGGGCUGUGGUCUGUGACUUCAAUCCAUUGCGAGUGCCUCUCGGCUGGCUGGAUGGUGUUAAGAAGAAGUUGAAGAAAGAUGUUCCACUUAUCCAGGUGGAUGCCCACAACAUUGUUCCCUGCUGGGUAGCUUCAGACAAACAGGAGUACUCAGCAAGAACAAUAAGGAACAAAAUAAACUCCAAACUAGAUGAAUACCUGACUGAGUUCCCACCAGUCAUCAAGCAUCCAUACAGUGCCAAGUUUGAGCCAGAGCCUAUAGACUGGGAUGAAGCAAUAGUGUCCAGGGAAGCUGAUAAAAAUGUAGGCCCUGUAGAAUGGGCCCGGCCGGGCUAUGACAACGCUAUCAAAAUGCUGAAGAGCUUCCUUGACCAAAGGCUUAAAGUGUUUGCUACAAAGAGAAAUGACCCCACAAUGGAUGCUCUUAGCAAUCUGUCACCAUGGUUUCAUUUUGGUCAAAUAUCAGUCCAAAGAGUUGCACUAUGCGUUCAGCAACAGAAAUCCAAAUGCACUGAAUCUGUGAACUCAUUCCUAGAAGAAGCCAUUGUACGUCGCGAACUCGCUGAUAACUUCUGCUUCUACUGCGAACAUUACGACAGUAUAAAAGGCGCCAGUAAUUGGGCACAGAAAACUUUAGAUGAUCACAGAAAAGACAAAAGAACACACAUCUACACGCUAGAGCAACUAGCUAACUCAGAGACACAUGACGACCUGUGGAACUCUGCACAGAUACAGCUGGUGAAGGAAGGCAAGAUGCACGGCUUUCUGCGGAUGUACUGGGCUAAGAAGAUUCUGGAAUGGACACCUUCGCCUGAGGACGCGCUCAAGUAUGCCAUAUACUUGAAUGAUCAUUACAGCAUUGAUGGUCGCGAUCCCAGUGGUUAUGUUGGGUGUAUGUGGUCGAUCUGCGGUAUACAUGACCAAGGCUGGGCUGAGCGCGCGGUUUUCGGUAAGAUACGGUACAUGAACUAUGAUGGAUGUAAACGCAAGUUCGAUAUCAAAGCAUUCAUUGCCAGAUAUGGUGGGAAAGUACACAAGUAUGUGCCUAAGAAAUAAGUACCUGUUUAAUUUAAAAAAAUAUCGUAUAAAUCAAUCGUCAGUAUAGAAGCAACCUAAUUGUCGUCUCGAAUAAUAGUAAUCUCAAUGCAAUAUGACUAAGUUUUGCCUUAGAAACAAGUUGUGUUCAGUUUAAAAAAAAUAUUGUUUAAGAUCAAUCAUCAGUAUAAAAAUUCUCGAAUAUUAAUAAUCUCAAUGCAAUAUGACUAGAUUUUUAACAUAUCUCUAAAAGGAAUACCACACAUCACAUUUAACAAGUUGCGGUUGUUGCCAAUCUCAGUACUUAAGUAUUAUUAAGUGUAUAAUGUAAGUUCAAAUAAUGUCAACAAAAAGUACAAAUUGCAUAGGGCAAAGGUAUAGAAUACCAAUAAAUAAUUGUUAUGUAUAAUUUAUAUCAGUAUCUUAGCAUAUUUUAUAUCUUUGUUGUUGGAAAUAUAAUAUUUGUAUGUAUACUUUUUCUGGAAUGUUAUAAUGUAGUUUUGUUUAUUUAUUUAAACAGUAGUUAUGUAUAUAGUUACUCCAACAAGUUAUUUAAAUGAUAUUGUAAGCACUACACCUCCACUGCUACCUCCCAUAGCUGUAAGUUUUAGCUAUAAGCUGAACACUUUUGUAAACAGUAAAACUAAAAUAAAACAUCAAUUUUGCUUA